CCGGGCGGAGCGCGGCGCACGAUGGUAAGAGCCGCGCUGUCGCCGCCGUUCUUCCUGCUGCUGCUGCUGCUAUCCUGGGCGCCCCGAGGCGAGGCAGCCCCUCAAGAAGAUGAGAUCCAGUGCCUGCCCGGGCUGGCCAAGCAGCCGUCCUUCCGCCAGUACUCCGGCUACCUCAGAGGCUCGGGCUCCAAGCACCUCCACUACUGGUUUGUGGAAUCCCAGAAGGAUCCCAAGAGCAGCCCUGUGGUGCUUUGGCUCAACGGAGGGCCGGGCUGCAGCUCCCUAGAUGGCCUCCUCACAGAGCAUGGCCCCUUCCUGAUCCAGCCAGACGGUACCACCCUGGAGUACAACCCCUAUUCUUGGAACCUGAUUGCCAACGUGUUGUACCUCGAGUCCCCAGCCGGAGUGGGCUUCUCCUACUCUGAUGACAAGUAUUACGUGACCAAUGACACUGAGGUCGCCCAGAGCAAUUUUGAGGCCCUGAAAGAUUUCUUCCGCCUCUUUCCGGAGUACGAGAACAACGAGCUUUUCCUGACGGGAGAGAGUUAUGCUGGCAUCUACAUCCCCACCCUGGCUAUGCUGGUCAUGGAGGACCCCAGCAUGAACCUUCAGGGGCUGGCUGUGGGCAAUGGACUUUCCUCCUAUGAGCAGAAUGACAACUCCCUGGUCUAUUUCGCCUACUACCAUGGCCUUCUGGGGAACAGGCUUUGGUCUUCCCUCCAGACCCACUGCUGCUCUCAAGACAAGUGUAACUUCUACGACAACAAAGACCCAGAAUGCGUGACCAAUCUUCAGGAAGUGUCCCGCAUCGUGGCCAGCUCCGGCCUCAACAUCUACAACCUCUACGCCCCAUGUGCUGGGGGGGUGCCCAGCCACUUAAGGUAUGAGGGGGGCACUAUCGUGAUCCAGGAUUUGGGCAACAUCUUCACUCACCUGCCACUCAAGUGGACGUGGUAUCAGGGACUGCUGCGUUCUGAGAAGAAGGUGCGCAUGGAUCCCCCCUGCACCAACACCACAGCUGCCUCCACCUACCUCAACAACCCUUACGUGCGGAAGGCCCUCCACAUCCCCAAGCAGCUGCCCCAGUGGGAUGUGUGCAACUUCCUGGUGAAUGUACAGUACCGCCGUCUCUACCAAAGCAUGUACUCCCAGUACCUUAAGCUGCUCACCACACAGAAAUACCGGAUCCUUCUAUACAACGGAGAUGUGGACAUGGCCUGCAACUUCAUGGGGGACGAGUGGUUUGUGGAUUCCCUCAACCAGAAGAUGGAGGUACAGCGCCGGCCCUGGUUAGUGAACUACGGGGAGAGUGGGGAGCAACAGAUUGCUGGCUUCGUGAAGGAGUUCUCCCACAUAGCCUUUCUCACCAUCAAGGGCGCCGGACACAUGGUCCCCACCGAUAAACCCCUGGCUGCCUUCACCAUGUUCUCCCGUUUCUUGAAUAAGCAGCCAUACUGAUGACCUGAUGACCGCAGGGACCAGCCCUCCCAGCCUCUCUUGCUAGAAGGGAGGUCUCCUUUAUGCAAAAUGCCCCUGCAGGGCUGAUGUCUGCCACAGAACUGGCCCACCCUCUCCGCAGCCCUGUGCAUCCCAGACUGGGCCCCAGUGCCUCAUAGAGACAGUCUGGGGGAGUUAGCACUUUAUUCCUGACGGGGGUGGGGCCUGGCCCCCUCUCUGCUUAAAGAACGCCCUUAAUGCACUGAUCCCACCCCAGGAACACAAAAGAGCUCAGGACAGCCCACUGGGAGGGAAUGGAGGGACUAUAAUUGAUAGAUUGACUGUGAUUAUGGAAAUAAAUUGUGUACAGCUUAAAA